AUGACACCCAAAACAACAUUAUGCUUGACAGUUUUAAUCGUUGCGAUGAAAAGCUGCUCCAGUUUUUCACCGUCCGUCAAAUAUUUACCAACAAGGAUCAGUCAAUGGAAGAGUGGAAGAAGGUUACCAGUCAUUUUCGCUUCGACCGCCGAUGAAGUAAAGUCAGAGCAACAAAACAAAGACGACGAUGAAAGUGAAAACAUAUUGAAAAUUACUCCCAAGAGUGAAUUAGUAGCACUGUGCGAACAGUUCAAUCUAUCAACGAAGGGUACAAAGGAAAAUUUAUUGCAACGAUUGCGAGACUUCGCUAAAGACCAAGAGGAAGUCGAGCGGGAACGAUUAAUGAAACGAAAGAAGUUAGUGGAAGAAGGAUCUGGCGAUGAUCGAGAAAAAUAUGAAAUCGUUGAUGAUGAAAUCGAUGAUGACGAGGAAGACGAAGUCUUCUUUUACUACGGAUCCAAAACUACAACUGACAAUUCUACCGACAAGAAAAACAAAAAGACAGAAAAAAAGACAGAGGAGAUAAGGAGGGACUCUGGGUAUGUUACUGCCCCGCCUCCAAAUGCCGAGAUAGGCGAGAAUGGAGAAAAAGUGGUCACAAUCUACUCUACAAACGAACGGAACGACUUGACAGGCAUAGCAGCGGCACAGCCAGGACAGUCAUCGUUUGACCCAUUGACGUCGUCGACAAGUGACCCUACCGACGCCCCUUGGGAUUCGAAUAAUCCUAGCAAGACUGAAUCUAGUUCAAUGGAGAUUGAUGCCGCGAAGGAUGCAGUUACCGAACUCGUACGAACACUCCUAGCCAUGACUGGUUUGCCAGUGUUUAUUAACGAACAAGAAGAUCAGGAGAUACAACCAGCGCGAAGAUCAAAGUUUGACGCUCCCGCAGAAUGCAUAGACUUCGAUCCUUCCAUGGUUCCAACAGAAUUGCUCACAAAAACAUCCAAAAGCCUUCGCACUAGCAGAGGAAAAGUCCUUCGCGAAGUGAUUCGUGAGUUCGAAUUGAGAGCCAUUGGAGAUGACGGUACUGCUGUGGACAACGUGCAACGAGGCGGAGGUCAUUACCGACAAGUGACAAGGGUUCGAUCUUUCCUAGAAGGAUUCCGUCAGGCUGAAGUUCGCAGGCUAUCCCGUGAAACGCUCACGUUAUUGCUUGAUAAGCUCGUCGGUGAAGGAAUUGAGGGACUUGACAUCACGCUGGCAUCCAUGACGCGUAGCAGUGACGAUACUAGUGACGAAGGUGGUGAGUUGAAUGACUCACUGAUGGAGUACCUUGAUGAUACAAUUCGGCAACAAGAGAAAAAAGUCGAGCAAAUUGUUGAUUCGACAAAGAAAAUAUCCGAGUUUGAGAGAGCCAUGUCACAAGAUCCAGAAGACGAAAUUGAGAACUUGUGGAAAGUGGAAGACGAAGAUGGACAACGCAUUGAAACCUUCGACCCCAACAUCCCUGAAAAUCAACUAGCGCUGCAAGAAGAAUAUGAAAGGGCUGCCGAAGAGAGCAUACCAGCUCCCAUCCUUCCUUCUUCAGCGCCCGAAAAAUUGCUACUUCUUCUCAAAAUUGUGAGGGAGAGGCUAAAGAUUGAGGCCACCUUCUCGCAUGAUGAGAAGUCUCGGAAUUUGAGGGUCCUUGCUUAUUGUCUCCAACUUAAGACAAAUGCCCUGAGGAAAGAGAUGAUUGCCAAGGAAUUCGGGGCAUCUUUGGAUGGUUUGGACAGCUUUCAGGAGCUAGUAGCAAGUUCCAUUGAGUAUGGCGAGAGCACAAGCCACCAACUCCAUCCAUCAAAAACCGGGGCUCUGAAUGUUCCACUUUUGAAAACGAUUUUGAAAAUCAUAAAAGAGACGAGAAAACAAAAUACAUAUAAAGCCUCAGGACUCUAG